UUGAAAGCAGGGUUGAGAAGUGUCUGUCACUCUGUGUAAUCUUUUAGUGUUGGCCCUUUGUCUAUACAACCAAUAAUACUAAUACGACAGAAGCUUUUUUUGACCGCAUUAACAGUUCGGGUUACUUUGACUCAUUUUGCUGAGUGCGCGCUUGGAUAGACUUUCUGUAUUGUAAACAGUCGUUUUCCGCAUAAAACUUUCCGUCUCAAAGAACCAGCUGUGAAACACUAAAGAACAGUUGGAUACUUCAAGAAGACAAGGGAUUCGCUGCUGAUUUUGGAGUCAAGAAAAAGAGAUGCCAUUCCUGUGGAUUUGGGCGCUGCUUCUAUUCUCAAAGGUGGUGGCGGGGGACGUGUGUACCAGCCAGCGGUACACGGAGGCUGGCGAGUGCUGCAAAGUCUGCCCGCCUGGCACCAGGGUGCUGGUGGCGUGCGGCAAAGAGAACACGCAGUGUGAACCAUGCCAGGAGGGUGUGACAUACAGCAACAUGGAGGACUCCCCCGAGUGCCAGGUCUGUGGCAAGUGCCCCCGUGCCACCCUGGUCAGCUGCAACGUCACCCACAACGUGCUGUGCGAAUGUGUCCGCGCGGGCCACUACCGAUGGGGCGACCCGGACGACACCCUGUGCAUGCCCUGCUCCACGUGCCCGCGUGGCAGCGGCGUGGCGCACGCCUGUGGGGGGAGGAACAACACGGUGUGCGAGGAGUGCGUGGCGGGCGUAAGCUUCUCGGAGGAGCCCAGGACCUCCAAGCCCUGCACCAACUGCACACGCUGCAAGGACAGCGAAGUGGAGCUGAGAGCCUGCACGCCCAAGGCCGAUGCCAUCUGCAUGGACAAGCAGCUGCACUUCAACACGCGGCCCAUGGGUGCUGAUGGGGCGCGUGACCCCCUGCGCAGGCCCAGCGUGGGGUCCACGGGCGAGGACCAAGAUGACAUGGAGGAGGCGGCAGCGGCCAGCCCCAGACCCCCCCACUCCAGCGUGCCGCGCCUCACCCCCCACGAGGAGGAGGCAGGAGGCAGCAACAUCCUGGUCUACGUCUCCGUACUGGCCGCCGUGGUGCUGGGACUGCUGCUCUACGUGGCCUACAAGUGCUGGAGGUCUUGUCAACAGAAGCAGGCAUUGUCGAAGGCUCGCGCCGCGGAGCUCAACAACGCCCCCGAAGGCGAGAAGCUGCAUAGCGAUAGCGGCGUCUUCCUGGACUCCCACAGCCUGCAGGACACGCAGCCCAGCAAAGGCAGCAAGCGAGACAGCAAGCAGGACCUCCGGCUGUACGUGAACCUGCCCCCGCACCGCAAGGAGGAGGUGGAGCGGGCCCUGGCGGAGGGCGGCGGGUGCUCCCCCACCGGGGGUGCUGGCGGCCGGGGUGGCUGGAGGGCGCUGGCCGAGGCCCUGGGGUACGAGCAGGAGCGCACGGACCUGUUUGGUCGCGGGGAGGACCCGGUGCGCACCCUGCUGAGCGACUGGGCCCAGCAAGAGGGCUCCACGCUGGGGCUGCUCUGCUCCGCGCUCACCCGUAUCGAACGGCCGGAUGUGGCCACACUGGUGACCAGCCCCGCGCAGGGUGUGUCGGUCGUCUGAUGGGGGAACUAUCUCUGCUGCUGCUGGUGGUGCUGGUGCUCUGAUAGACCUCUGAAGCAACCAGUGCCCUAAUGUAGACACUUGUAUGAAGACACACAUAUACACACAUAGAAACACACACAGACACACACACCUACCUACCGUCAUAUGCAGUUAAAUAAACA